CGCGUAAAUGCAAAAAACCAAAGUUAAAUUUGCCAAAACCACUUUACACUAAGAGAGAGAGAGUGUGCGCCCACAACAAGAAGAUGAACAAGUAACUCGAAGAAGAAGACGAACCUACUCCACUUGCUUGCUCCAGCUACUUUCAAACUUUCCAUUCCUUCUUCUUUCUCAAGCAGCUAUGAGAAAUCACCUUCUCUUCUUAUUCGCUCUCAUUGCACUCGCCCCCACUUUCUCUCUCCACUCUCAGCCUCAAGCUGCUCCCGCAGGGCCGUUGAUUAAGCAUCUGUCUUCGCUCAUCAGAUGGACAAGGUCUACCUCCAAGACGCCGCACUCAGAUGGGAAUGUUCUUCAAUUUGAAAAUGGUUACGUGGUUGAGACUGUUGUGGAAGGAAACGAGAUUGGGGUUGUCCCUUACAGGAUCCGUGUGUCUGAGGAGGAUGGUGAACUCUUUGCUGUUGAUGCAAUUAAUAGCAACAUUGUUCGGAUUACUCCGCCGCUGUCCCAAUAUAGUAGAGGAAGAUUGGUGGCUGGGUCGUUUCAGGGCUACACAGGCCAUGUGGAUGGAAAACCAAGUGAUGCUCGUUUCAAUCAUCCCAAAGGCAUAACCAUGGAUGAUAAGGGGAAUGUUUAUGUUGCUGAUACUCAGAAUCUGGCCAUCAGAAAGAUUGGAGAUUCUGGUGUGACAACCAUUGCUGGAGGAAAGUCAAGUGCUGCAGGCUACAGGGAUGGGCCUAGUGAGGAUGCUAAAUUCUCAAAUGAUUUUGAUGUGGUAUAUGUUCGGCCCACCUGUUCCUUGUUGGUCAUUGAUAGAGGAAAUGCUGCUCUUCGACAAAUCUCUCUUGACCAGGAAGACUGUGAUUAUCAGUCUAAUUCAAUUUCUAGUACAUAUAUCCUUACAGUUGUUGGUGCUGUUAUAGUAGGAUAUGCUACAUGUAUGCUUCAGCAGGGAUUUGGAUCCUCUUUCUUCUCAAAAUCACGACCAUCAGAAAGAGAGUAUAAAGGACCAGCAAGCAAUGAGAAGCAUAUGCCAAUCCUGGAGAGCAGUAAAGAGGAACCAGGAUGGCCAUCUUUCGGACAGCUCAUCAUUGAUCUUUCUAAGCUUUCCCUCGAAGCAUUAGCCGGUGCUUUCACCCAAUUCAUUCCCUCACAUUUCAGACCUGGCAACUCCAACAGAGGCCUAACACCGCUUAAAGAUCGUCUCAUGAUGCCUGAAGAUGAAGUGCAGCCUCCAUUGGUCAAUAGGCAAAAUGCUCAAGGACAUACUCCUCUUACCGAAACUCGGCUGCCACCGCAGGUCCAUGCUCCUCUUAGUGAAAACCGGAUGGCUUCACAUGUCCACACUCCAAGCACUGCUGAGAAAUACUCAGAAAUGAAGCCUCCAAAGAUAAAAUCAAGCAGUUUCAAGGACCCCUCUUUGUCAAGCAAGCACCGAUCUUCGAAACGACCCGAGUAUGCUGAAUUCUAUGGAUCUUCUGAGAUUCCUCCAUACUCCAAAUCUAAGAGCCAGAAAGAAAGGCCAAGACACAGGCAGCGCGAAAAGAGUGGAGAAGUUUUUAUGGGGGGAGUUGGAGCUGAGUCUAAACCUGUUGACACAAGGGGUGUUGAUCAUAGUAAUCCAAAGUUUGACCAUUACAGUAUGAGGACUAAGUAUGCAUCUGAAGAGACCUUCCGGUUCAACUCUCAGUAACCAAGUUUUGCGGAAUCUAUUUUUCAGUGCUACCCUGUUCUACAUAAUAUUGAAUAUGUUCACCUACAUCUGUUUGAAAUAUCUGUACUUGACAACUACUUGAAGCUGUAUUAUAAGAAAAUACUGUGCUUAGAAAACCAUUGGGUGGAAGGAUUAAUUUUGACCCAUGUGCUCAAAAAUUUGUGAUUAAAUUAGCAUCCCCACAUACAAAGUUGUUCAGUUUCAAGGAGAUUGCAAUUGCACCCUCUUAACUACUUGAUUCCUGAAUCAUGUCAUUAUCUUUUCAGUUGAACCA